AUGAGCCUCAACACUUGUGCUCCCUCCAAGAUGCCCUGGCACCCGUCUAAAACCCUCACGGGCCCGAAAAACUCAAAAGCCUACAGCGCCUUAUAUGGAUACUCAUCUAGUAUUCACUCAUCUUGCAAAUUAGGCAGACAGUUUCAACUGAACGCUCUGCACAUGCCUGGUGAUGUGACUCUGGGUGGACUGUUUGAAGUUCACUUCACCUCAGUCUUCCCUGAGCUAAUCUUUACCUCUGAGCCAACUAAGAUCAGCUGUCAAGGGUUUGACCCUUUGGGCUUCAGACAUGCCAUGACCAUGGCCUUUGCUAUCCAUGAGAUCAACAAAAAUCCCAACCUGCUCCCCAAUUUGACUUUGGGAUACAGUCUUUACGACAACUGUGCUACACUUGUGAUUGGAUUUAGUGCUGCUAUGUCACUCUUCAAUGGCCAAGAUGAGGAAUUCAUGCUUCAGGAGAACUGUUCAGGAAGACCUCCAGUUCUGGGAAUAGUGGGUGACCCCUUCUCCACAUUUACUAUUGCCGCAUCUGAUGUGAUAAGUUUAUUCAGACUUCCAAUUGUAAGUUACUAUGCUACAUGUUUAUGCCUCAGUGAUCGCAAGAGAUUUCCUUCUUUCUUUAGAACAAUACCAAGCGAUGCAUUCCAGGUUCAUGCCAUGUUACAGAUUUUAAAGCAUUUCAGCUGGACAUGGGUGGGGCUGUUGUUUAGUGAUGAUGAUUAUGGACACCAUGUUGCCCAGUCCUUCCAGUCUGAAUUGCAUCAUUCUGUUGGAGGUUGUUUGGCAUAUUUAGAGAUGCUGCCCUGGGGAGAUAAUCCAGUCGAGCUAAAAAGGAUUGUGGGAUUGAUGAAGAAAUCAACAGCUCGCGUUGUUAUUGUUUUUGCUCAUCAAAUACACAUGAUUCAUCUUUUAGAAGAGGUGGUAAAUCAGAAUGUGACAGGUCUGCAGUGGAUGGCCAGUGAAGCCUGGACAUCGGCAAAUGUAUUCGAAACACCUCGAUUCAUGCCAUACCUCGGUGGUACGUUGGGUAUCGCCAUCCGUAGAGGAGAAAUUUCUGGGCUUAGAGACUUUCUUCUGAGAAUACGUCCACAUGACAAAAAUGACAACGAAAAUAGCAUGGUUAAGCAGUUCUGGGAGCACACAUUUCAGUGUCGAUUUGCACCACCUCCAGCAGAAUGGAUGGAAGCUGGUGGGGCCUUGUGCAGUGGAGAAGAAGAUCUACAGACUGUAGAGACUACAUUUCUGGAUGUCUCUAACCUCAGACCUGAGUACAACAUUUACAAAGCUGUAUAUGCUCUGGUGUACGCUCUUGAUCAGAUGCUACGGUGUGAACCAGGAAGAGGACCUUUUAGUGAGCACAGCUGUGCAUCUUUGCAACAAUUGGAGCCUUGGCAGCUUAUACAUUACUUGGAAAAGGUCAACUUUACGACAUCUUUUGGUGACCAAGUGUCCUUUGACAAAAAUGGUGACGCUUUACCAAUAUAUGAUGUCAUGAACUGGGUUUGGCUUCCUGGAAAAAUAGAAGUUCAGAAUGUAGGUUUUUUUAAAAAGACAACCUUGAAUGAUGAAGAACUUGUAAUCGAUGAAGACAAGAUCUUCUGGAACUUCGACAAGGUGCCUCGGUCAGUGUGCAGUGAGAGCUGCCCUCCAGGUACCCGGAUGGUGAGAAGGAAGGGACAACCUCUGUGUUGUUUUGAUUGUGUCCCAUGUUCUGAAGGAAAAAUCACCAAUCAAACAGACUCUAUUGAGUGCCUCAGUUGUCCAGAAGACUUCUGGUCCAGCAAACAAAAUGACCUCUGUGUUCCGAAGAAAAUAGAGUUUCUCUCCUACAACGACCCUCUUGGUAUAUGCUUGACAACCGCUUCGUUGCUGGGUACAUUCAUCUGCAGCAUUGUUUUUGCCAUCUUCAUCUAUCACCGCAGCACACCUGUAGUGCGGGCAAACAAUUCUGAACUGAGCUUCCUCAUUUUGGUGUCACUUAAGUUGUGUUUUCUCUGUUCCCUACUGUUCAUUGGACAACCUCAACUGUGGACGUGCCAACUGAGACAUGCUGUGUUUGGGAUCAGCUUUGUGCUUUGUGUUUCAUGUAUUCUAGUUAAAACCAUGGUGGUUCUAGCUGUGUUCAGCUCUUCAAAGCCUGGAGGCGGAUCCAAACUCAAAUGGUUUGGAAGUGUUCAGCAAAGAGGAACAGUUUUAGCUCUCACUUGUGUUCAGGCAGUAGUUUGCACUGUUUGGAUUAUCUCUGCCUCACCAACCCCACAUGCAAACACCAGAUACCACAAUGACAAGAUCAUUUAUGAAUGUGUCGUUGGCUCCACAGCUGGUUUUGCAGUCCUGUUGGGCUACAUAAGCCUACUGGCUAUCAUAAGUUUUCUGCUUGCAUUUCUGGCUAGGAAUCUUCCAGACAAUUUUAAUGAAGCCAAAUUCAUCACUUUCAGUAUGCUAAUUUUUUGUGCUGUGUGGGUGGCCUUUGUUCCUGCCUAUGUUAACUCUCCAGGUAAAUAUGCCGAUGCAGUGGAGGUGUUUGCCAUAUUGGCCUCCAGUUUUGGCCUCCUUGUGGCGCUGUUUGGACCUAAAUGUUACAUAAUCCUACUGAAGCCAGAAAAGAAUACAAGGAAAGCUAUAAUGGGCAGAGACAUAAAAAGAUAAAAUGAAUAAUCAAUGACACAUCCAGCAAAUCAUUCGUCCAAGUUUUGGUUAAAAGGUUUUCAUGAAAUAGCUUGUAGUUGAUGAUAACGAAUUAUAGGAUGAUCAACCAUAUUUUUAAAACCUUAAUUGUUUUUGCUGAUAGUGAUGUAUUGGAAUUAUAAAUUUGUUUAUGUCAUGGUGCCUCUGGUAGUCUUUCCUCCCCCUUCCCUCUCCUCUCUGCUUUCCUGAUUGGACCCAACUGUGGACACUUAUCUCAUCACCUGCCUGCAUACUAAAGGAAAUCCAGCUCCAGCAUUCAUCGCCAGCUGGUUUCCCCUUCAUGGUGCACAACCUGGUCUCAAGUUUUAGUAUCAUGCUCACUAUGUUUAUGCUUCAUGUUAACUAUUCUCUAGCUCAUCUUCAGGACAAUAUUCCACGAGUGUCUACCUGGGUCCUAUCUCAUCAUGAGCAGCCUCAUCUCCGUCAGUCCUCCAAAGCCUCCAGCUACGCCACAGCUCCAAGCCACGCACAACUCCAAGCCUCGCCACAGAUUAAAGCCACGCAUCAAUUCACACUCACGCCACAACUCCAAGCCUCGCCACAACUCCAAGCCAAGCUUCUACUCCAAGCCACAUCACGACUCACCUCAAGUCCCCGUUUCCUCUCCACGC